AUGGGUGGAGAGAAGUGGCAUUUCACAGAUAUUCUAAAUAAUACUGUGAUUUUAGAGAGCUGGAAACUGUUGGGCUACUUUCAACAAGAAAGAAGUAAAAGCCCUGCAAUAAUCUCAAGCCCCAGCUCCAGCAUGCUGUCUCUCCUUGCUCCCAGGGCCUGUGUGCUACUUGGUUGCAUUUUUGUUUCUUCAGCAGAAGUUUUCGGUCUCUCAGAUCAAUAUCCACCUCUGUGGGAUGAGAGUCCUGGUCAGUUCAGUGACUACAGUGUGGAGAAUGGAAAGUACAUUAUUGAUCCCUGGGUAUACCCUAAGAGAAUGGGCAUGUAUAAAAUCCUCCUGAACAAGACAGCCAGUUAUUUUGAAGAAUUUGCACCAGAUAAUGAACAAAAUAUUUUAUGGGGAUUAGCUUUGCAGCAUGGCUGGCAAUUUGGAUCAGGCAGAUUGGUUGAUCCCACCCGAACGACAGACUGUGGCUAUGAAUCUGGAGAUCGUUUGUGCAUCUCUGUGGACAGUUGGUGGGCUGAUUUGAAUUACUUCCUGUGUGCACUGCCGUUCCUCGCUGCGGUGGAUGCUGGCAUAAUGGGGAUAUCAUCAGACCAAGUGCUGCUUGCGCCGCCACCCAAGGACCAGACAAAGUUCUGUCUCAGUUCUUCUAGUUGUCAGUUGUCCUAUCCUUCGACGAUGAGGAAGUGGCAUGCCUUUUACAAGCAUUUGCAAUCACCUUCUAUUAGCUUCGAGGACUUGUUGAAGUACAUGUGGGAGGCACACGUCUCAAGCUUGAAUGUUGGUUACAAAAUUUUUGAAGACAGGUUUGAAUAUUAUUCUAAACCAGAAGCGGGUUUUGGGAAAGAUUGGAGCAUGUUUGUGGACUAUAUAGCUGCUGCCAACUUUCCCACGAUCUUCAGUACAGUAUCUGUGUUCCAGAAGGCCCUGCCACCACGAGUGCUUGUGGAUGGGGACAGAGCUCCCUUUAUCAGAGACUUUACUGACACUCAGAACAUAGUCCUGCUUGGUCUAAAUCUUGUUGGUGAAGUGGAUAGAGCAACAGGUUCACUAUCUUUAACUAUAUGGAAAAUUUUAAUGAAGACACAGGCUGCAAAGACGCUACUUCUAAAGUUUUUGGAAGCAGUGUUUGCAAUCAUUAAUCCAACAUUUCUGGGAUGA